AUGUUUCUGUCUCCGGAUCGCGACCUGUCGCCCGGAUCGCCCGAUCUCGGAGGACACACCCCAGCGGUCCCCGAUCGGCCUGGGUCUCCGCGCCAUCUAGGCCCAACCGGAUCGCCCACAAUCCCCACAGGAUCGCCAGAUCGACAGCCGACCAGACCCUCGUCUCCAUCCCGAGGCUCGCCAUCUAGAUCGCCGGAUCGCGGGUGGUACGCUCCUAUCGUCCCAGAUCAACAUGAGUCUCUCAGUAAUCCCAGAUCGGUCGGAUCACUCUCGACCGCCGCGGAAUUAUCAGAUCGUUCCUCCGAGCCAUUCCCGCUUCCCACUCCUCCGGCGGCCCCAGAUGCGUCCAGAUCCGACAUCCCGGCCGCUAAUGAAUCUCGUGAAAGGUCUGCUCCAGCUGUGGGCGUCACCGGCUUCGUUCCCAGAGUUUCUGCCGACGACGUUCGUCUCACGAUGGCCACGAUCUCGUAUUUGUGGGAUCGAGAGGCUACCUUCUGCAGCCAAGCCGACACCAUUCAUGCGCUCCAGCAGUCCUACCGAGAUGCCGUCGGCCGCUACGUCGAUGCAGUGCAUUAUUUGAGUGAUUGCAAUCGAGCUCUGCGGACAUAUCGAGAUCAAUCGGAGGAGAUUCGUCGGCUACGCACUUUGAUAUGUGCCAACGACGAGGCUCAGGGGAACUUGGAACGACAGGUGGAUGCUUUGAGGGCUCAGCUUCAUUCGCUCCAAGCCGAACUCAAUUCUCUCCGACAGCAGCGUGAUCAGCUGACCAUGGACAGGUCCUUCCUUCACAUAGAUUUUUUGCACUUGAAGGAGCAAUUGGCUCAGUCUCAGGAGGAGAUCGCAGAUGGACUGUCUUCGAUCAGCGAUCUCAUACAACAAGUGGAUGGUUUGACUCCCCUAGAGGGUCAGUUGGCACUUUCGCAGGCGGAGAACGCCAACCUACGUCGUCAGCUUGCGGAACACCUCGAGAUACACGACCAGUUGCAGGUGGUGGAGCAUGAUCGGGAUCAGGCUAUAGCUGAACACCGUGCUCUCCUCGACACACUGAACAGUGCUAUACUCGGAUCCCGUUCGUCUGCGUUGACCGCUCGAUCGACGUCUAAGAGUGCUACUCCGGCCGGAUCGCCCCCUGCUCCCACUACCCCGGGAUCGAGAUCGCUUGCCCGUAGGUCCAGAUCGAGAUCGUCCGGCCCGCCUGCCAAGCGUCGGCGUAUUCAACCAAGGUCACGAUCCAGUGAUUCUUCCACCGCCCGUGUGGCUUCCCGGCUAUUGUCGUUGAACCCUUCAAUGCCUUUAAACAAACUUCCCGGAUUGGCCCCACCCGAGCCUCCACCCAAUUCUUCUUGUUCUCCGCUUUCGUCCGCGGCUUCUGGGACUGGAUCGGGAAGUGAGGAGCUGACCGAGUCGGAUUCUAGCUCGGAUGAUUUGACUCGUGCUGCAUUAUCCCAAUCGAGAUCGGCCGCUCGUCGUCAACCUAGAUCGAAUGCCCGAUCUUCGACCCCGAACCCCUCUCCGGCCGCUCGGGUUGUUCCCGCUUCUCCCGCAGCUACUGCGUUGGCUCAAGCACUGUUGCGUUCGCCUUCUCCAGACGUUCCGGAGCCUCGUUAUCUUUCGUACCCAUCCACUCCGGUCGCGGCUAUCCCGUAG